UGGGAAGACAGAAAGAUGGCGGCGCCCGUAGGGCGUACUCUGCUAGGGCUGGCUAAAGGCUGGCGGCGGCUUGACAGGUUCUGGGCAAAUAGCCCGAGUUCUCGCUGUCUAUCCCUUGAGGCCAAACCCUCAAGCAGUCGGUCUCCAUGGCGCUUGCUGGGCGCCUUGUGUCUGCAGCGGCCUCCGCUGAUCACCAAGCCGCUCACCCCAUUGCAGGAAGAGAUGGCGGGUCUGCUGCAGCAGGUAGAGAUAGAGAGAAGCCUGUAUUCAGACCACGAGCUCCGCGCUCUCGAUGAAGCUCAGCGGCUGGCGAAGAAGAAAGCCGACCUUUAUGAUGAUGAGCAGGAUGAGGGCAUUACGCUUGUGCAGGAUUUAGAAGAUAUGUGGGAGCAGGCGUUCCUACAGUUCAAACCUGGAGCCCGAGUGACAGAAGCUGAUAAGAAAAAUGACAGGACCUCCUUGCACCGUAAGCUAGACAGGAACCUUGUCCUCUUGGUCAGAGAGAAGCUUGGAGACCAAGAUGUUUGGAUGCUCCCUCAAGUAGAGUGGCAGCCCGGGGAGACCCUUCGAGGGACAGCUGAGCGGGCCUUGACUACACUCUCAGAAAACAACAUGGAAGCCAAGUUCCUAGGGAAUGCACCUUGUGGCCACUACAAAUUCAAGCUCCCCAAGGCAAUGCGGACAGAGACUGACCUUGGGGUCAAAGUCUUCUUCUUCAAAGCUAUGUUGCUCACUGGAGACUUCGUGCAGGCCAAGAAGGGCCACCAUGUGUGGGCCAGUAAGGACGAGCUGGGUGACUAUCUGCAGCCCAAGUACCUGGCUCAGGUCAGGCGAUUUCUCCUGGACCUCUGAUGGCCUCAGGGAAGGUAGUUUCCCCUGGACCUCUGAUGGCUUCAAGUUGGGUCAGCUUCUCCUGGGCCUUUGAUGGCAUCAGGUCGGGCAGUUUCUCCUGACUUCUGAUGGCCUCGGCUGCCUGUGGAUGAUGCUCACUAGUCAACUGUUAGGACC